AUGUCAAGCUCAAUGGAGAAAGCAGGCGCCAAAGCCAAGGAGGUUGCAAAGGAAGACUUUGAUAAAGCAAAGGAGCUGGCACGUUCAGCAGCAAUCAGUGGCGCUUACCUCUACCCCAUUAAAGGAAUUUUCUACUUCCUCUCGCAUCGCACAUUAUGGAAACCCCUCUUGUCGAAACUCGUACCCACUCUGUCUCUAUCCGUCAUCGUCGUGGUUGUGAUGUUCAUGUUUACCUAUCUGCCACAACUUGCCGUUCUCAUUUUCACCGAUGGACCUCUCGCUGCAGUCUCUGCAGUCCUCUUGACCCUCUCUGAAUCUAGCACAAUUGUCACUAUGCUUUCCAAAAAUUUCCUCAUUGCAGAUGCUCUUGUUGAUACAUUUGAUGGAGUGAUGGUGGCAAAAGGUCAAGCAGACGUUGUACAAGGGGGACGAGAGAUCAAAUCAGGAAAGUUUGGUGAUCCAAUGAGAAAGUUGGGUAAAGUUGUCAAGGGAUAUGGUCAAAAGUAUAGCUUUGGAGGCUUGGUGAGAUAUUUGAUGUAUCUUCCAUUGAAUCUUAUUCCAGUUGUUGGUACGGUAGUCUUUGUUGGUCUGCAGGGACGACAGAGAGGUGAAGGGGUUCAUUCGAGAUAUUUUCAAUUGAAGGGAUGGUCUAAUGCACAAAAAGAAGCAUGGCUUAAAGAGCACUCUGGGGCAUACACAUCAUUCGGAACCGUCGCAACUCUUCUUGAACUUGUCCCUAUUGCAUCUAUUCUCUUCUCAUUCACCAACACAGUUGGUGCAGCAUUGUGGGCCGCCGAUAUCGAAGGUAAUGGCACGACUAUGACUGAAAUUUCUUCGCCCCAGGCGCAAAAAGAAGCUCUAAGAGCCGAGUAA